AUGGGCAAAACAUCCAAGGACAAGCGGGACAUCUACUACCGCAAGGCUAAGCAGCAGGGCUACCGCGCACGCUCAGCCUUUAAGCUGCUGCAGCUGGAUGACAAGUUCCAGCUACUGCGAGGCGCCACGCGCGUUGUGGACUUGUGUGCGGCUCCCGGCGGAUGGACCCAAGUGAUUGCGCAGCGAGUGCCCGAGAAAGGCACUAUCGUUGCUGUGGAUCUCAUGGAAAUGGCGCCACUGGACGGAGUUGUGCAGCUGCAGGGCGACAUCACUCACAAGGUUACGGCAGACGAAAUUGUGGCACAAUUUCAUGGCCAAAAGGCGCAAGUCGUUGUGAGCGACGGUGCUCCUGAUGUGCUAGGUUUGCAUGACCUGGAUGAGUACCUGCAGGCGCAGCUCGUGCUUGCCGGGCUUAAUAUUAGCCUGCAGAUCCUGGAGGAGGGCGGUACUUUUGUAGCCAAGCUCUUUCGAGGCAAAGAGGUGUCGCUACUGUAUGCUCAGCUGCGGCGGUUUUUUAGCCACGUAACGUGUGCUAAGCCCAAGACUAGUCGCAACUCCAGCUUCGAGUCAUUCGUCAUCUGUCAGAACUUCCGUCUACUAAAAGAUUUCGUACCAGAUAUGGAGCGGAACUUGCUGGACUUUAAGUACAUUGAAGAUGCCGAGAAUGAAGACGACGACGACUGGUACAAUAGUAAAGUCUCAGUGGAGCGUGGCGUCUGUGUUGACGUGGUUUUUGUGGGAGCUGGUGACGUGUCUGGCUACGAUGCUGACCAAUCAUACCCGCUAGACGAAGAUAAGGGAAACGACACUACAUUGGGUCAUGCGGCAAAAUAUGCUCACCAGGAGCCAUUGCAGAAGCCCAUUAAUCCUCCUUACGCCAAUGCUCUCAAGAGACAACAUAACAAGCAAUAG